UCUCUAUGCCAGCAACAACAACACACCGAAGCCACCAGUCAGUCUCGCCCCUUCGCUCUCAGCAGCAUCCCUUCAGUCCCCACCGGCUCCGCUGGCAGAGAGGAUGGUCCAGCGGAAAAGCAGCCGCGAAAGCCAGUGACAGCGACGAGACAAUGGCCCUCGAUCUACGCGAGUUUCCCUGCGUGCGCACGGCGGCCGAGUGAGACGACCAUGGUAGGAAAACACUGAACCAUGUUGCUCUAAGUUGUGACCUGUGGUGAACGGAGGAGGAGGGGGAGGAGGAGGAGGGCAAUCAGGCAGACGCGGGUCCCUUGAGGCAGCAUUUGACGGUUUGAAGCCAUGGGCAACACAGCCACCAAAUUCCGCAAGGCCCUGGUGAGCGGCGACGAGGCCCUGGCCUGGCAGCUGUAUGAAGGCAACCCCCAGUUCAGAGACGGCCUGGACCCGAACUCCUCGUACGGAGAGCAGUACCAGCACAACACGGCCCUGCACUACGUCUGCCGCCACGCCAUGACGCGCCUGCUCAGGGCCUUCCUGUUCAGCAAAGAGGGGAACCCCAACAAGCGUAAUGUGCACAAUGAGACGUGCCUGCAUGUGCUGUGCCAGGGGCCACAGAUCCUGCUGCUGCCAGAGGGAGCACUGUCACCGCGACUGGCCCGACCACAGAGGGACGAGCGGCGCCGGGCGGAUUGUCUGCAGAUGAUCCUGAGCUGGACCGGGGCCAGACUGGAGGGAGGCCAGUACGAGAAGGCUAACGUCAAUGCCACCGACAACCACCACAGCACCUGUUUGCACUACGCCGCCGCUGCGGGCAUGAAGAACUGUGUGGAGCUGCUAAUUCAGGGCGAGGCGGACCUUUUUGUGGAGGAUGAGGACAAGUUGACGCCGUGUGACCACGCCGAGCGGCAUCAUCACACCGAGCUGGCCCUCAGCCUGGAGUCGCAGAUGGUUUUCUCCUCCUCUUCAGCGCAGCAGCCAAACACAGGCGCACAUGGUGAAGCCACCCUGCUACAAUACAAGGAGCCUUACGAGGGACUGAAGCUUCAGGACCUACGCAGGCUGAAGGACAUGCUGAUUGUAGAGACAGCAGACAUGCUACAAGCCCCUCUCUUCACAGCUGAGGCCUUGCUUCGGGCCCAUGACUGGGACAGAGAAAAGCUUCUGGAGGCCUGGAUGUCUGAUGCUGAGGGCUGCUGUCAGCGCUCAGGGGUGACCAUGCCCACCCCACCACCCAGUGGCUUCAACGCAUGGGACACCCUACCCUCACCACGCACCCCCAGAACUCCACGCUCCCCACUCACGUUCACUCUCACCUCCCCCACCGACAGCUGCCUCACACCCGGAGACGAGGGCCUGGCUACGUGUGGAAUCUGUCUUUGCUCCAUCUCCGUCUUUGAAGACCCAGUGGAUAUGUCGUGUGGCCACGAGUUCUGCAGAGCCUGCUGGGAGGGCUUCCUGAAUGUAAAGAUUCAGGAGGGUGACGCUCACAAUAUUUUCUGUCCGGCGUAUGAAUGCUAUCAGUUGGUUCCAGUACAUGUGAUAGAGAGUGUGGUUUCCAGAGAGAUGGACCAGAGGUACCUGCAGUUUGACAUUAAGGCAUUUGUGGAGAACAAUCCCGCCAUCCGCUGGUGCCCUGCAGCUCGCUGUGAGCGCGCGGUGAGGCUAACCCGACCAGGCCCCGGGGACAGUGACCCACACAGCUUCCCCCUUCUGCCCUCACCAGCUGUCGAUUGUGGCAGGGGUCACCUCUUCUGCUGGGAGUGCCUUGGCGAGGCCCAUGAGCCAUGUGACUGUCAGAUGUGGAGGAACUGGCUCCAGAAAGUCACAGAGAUGAAGCCUGAAGAGUUGGCAGGUGUGAGCGAGGCCUAUGAGGAUGCUGCUAACUGCCUGUGGCUGCUGACCAACUCCAAACCGUGUGCCAACUGCAAGUCACCCAUUCAGAAGAAUGAGGGCUGCAACCAUAUGCAGUGUGCCAAGUGUAAGUAUGAUUUCUGUUGGAUCUGUCUGGAGGAGUGGAAGAAGCACAGCUCAUCAACAGGAGGAUACUACCGCUGUACUCGAUACGAGGUCAUCCAACAGCUAGAGGAGCAGUCCAAGGAGAUGACUGUGGAGGCCGAGAAGAAGCACAAAAGUUUCCAGGAGCUGGACCGUUUCAUGCACUAUUACACUCGCUUCAAGAACCAUGAACACAGCUACAAGUUGGAGCAAAAGCUGCUGAAAACGGCUAAGGAGAAGAUGGAGCAGCUGAGUAAAGCCUUCAUCUGCCGUGAAGGCACUCCUCCAGACACACGGUUCAUCGAGGACGGUGUGAGCGAGCUGUUGAAGACGCGGCGUGUGCUGAAGUGCUCUUAUCCGUACGGCUUCUUCCUGCAGCAAGGCAGCACCCAGAAAGAGAUAUUCGAGCUGAUGCAGACGGACCUAGAGAUGGUAGUGGAAGACUUGGCCCAGAAGGUCAACCGGCCCUACCUGAGGACACCGUGCCAUAAGAUAAUCAGUGCAGCCCGUCUGGUGCAGCAGAAGAGGCAGGAGUUCCUGGCAUCAGUGGCGCGUGGUGUAGCUCCUAACGACUCUCCUGAGCCUCCCCGCAGAACCUACCCUGGAGGAUCAUGGGACUGGGAGUACCUCGGCUUUGCCUCUCCGGAGAUGGGGAGCCGUCACUCUGUAAUGGGAGUUGGUGAUCAGAGAGAGCGACAGUCACAGGAUUAUGCUGACAUCCAGUACCGACGCAGACACAGGGCCCGGCGCAGAGGAGACAUGCUGAGUCUGCACAACCUUAGAAGCAGCAGCAACACGCCAGAGACCAGCAGAAGGAGUGACAACACAGAAGGGCCAGAGAGGAGCGAUGGUCACAGGAGAGCUCUGGGCUCUCUGGAUGAGGACGACCCGAACAUCCUGCUGGCAAUCCAGCUGUCGCUGCAGGAGUCCCGCAGGGAACGUGGCCUCGACGGGGGCCUGGACAGGAUGGAGCUGGAGCGCGCUCUGGAUAGGGCACAGGAGAGGAGGUCGGCUCUGGUUGGAGAAGUGGAUGAUGUUGCUUUGCACUCUCUUAACACUGACGGUCCUCCGGGAGCCAGAGGCCCUCCUUUCCCCACCUCUGUCCUGGAUCCACCUCGCCCUCCUAACAGGACAGACUCCACUGCCCAGCCUCCCCUGUCGAACGCUCUCCCCCUCCCUCCCCCACCUCCCUCUCUCAGUGCAGAGCUGCUGGAGCUGGGAGACAGCCUUAUGAAGGUGGGGAACACAACGGCUCCUUAUGACGCCAACGCACACGCGCAGGACAAGCUCUGCUCACAUCACACAUACAACCACAAUGCGCUCACUGCUCCGUACAGCAUAGAACCCGCGUACAGCGAGGGCAGCCAUAGACAACUCCAGAAUGCACACACGGCUCCGUAUGUGCACGAUCAUAUCACCAUCAAAAACACUCGCUAUGACAGCAACGAGCAGAAUUACUGCCACUCCGGUCCUUAUUUAGCUGAGGCUGAAAACGCUGCCUCCUGCGCACUUGAACACAACCAAAAUUCCACCCGUCCCAGUUCAUGCAUCCGGGAACACGCAGCCAUGUAUGACACCACCCCGAAACCAAACAGUUCUUAUAACCUGGGCUCAGAACAAGGUAGCUCUUACACUCAGGAGCGCUCUGCCGCCUAUGCUCUUGACCAUCCACCUAAAUCAGACCCUACGCCCCCUGCCCAGUUGUGCCUCCCAUCUCCAGAGCCUGAGCCGGAGCUUCUGCUCUCACCAGUGAUCCCCCCAGGGGGCCCUUUCACACCCAGCGAUCCUCAGAGCCUGGAGGCACUGGACCCAACAGCCAGUGCCCAGCUGCUGGACAAUAUCAUGGCCUGGUUUAACAACAACAUCAACCCCCAGAACAACCCACAGAGCCUGGCCCUCAUUCCCUCCCCACCCACUACAGAAACGGAUUCCUCUCCUGACACACACACAGAGACCGAGUCAGAGAGCCAGACCUCCAGGGGCAUGACUCCUGCCCCGCUCUGGCAGCCCCUGGAGGGCGACCCAGAAGUGGAAAGAGCGCCGGCGAACCCCUGUCUAGGUGCUGCGGGUUCGGAGGGACUGAAGACGGCAAGGCCUAGAACUCUGGAGCUUGAAAGCCGAGAGGCUGGCGAGGAGAGUGCGGAGGCAGGGUGUGUGGCUGAUAUGUCGCUGGACGAAGUGCACACACACCCCUGUUUCCACCAAGGAAACAGUCCCUCCCACACCGCACCAACCACAGAGAGGGACUCACACCUCCACCUUCAGUUAGAAGGGGACCAAUCACCUGAGGUGUGGGAAGAGCAAGUGCACCUGGUGUAAAAGAGUAGAGAGAUUUGUGCUGAGUACAGGAGAGAUGUAGGACUGUGGGGUUGAGUGUUUAUUGUAUGUAUAAUACUGUAUGUAGUGAGGACAUGAAGCCCUAUGGAAUGUCCAGUAAAGAGGAUGUCAUACCUUUUAUUUUUAAGCGCUUUCAUCUGGUGUGAACACACAUACUUAUUAUUCUUUGAGUACAAGUGUUAAAACAAAGUACAUCAAUGGAAAGCUACUGAUAUCAUAACUCAUAAAAUGCUGCACAUGUUUAUUUAAGUUAACCCCCGCUUCCUGCAUUUGUCUUGAGUUCAUUCAGGGUGAAGUCUUGGUGCUGAUCAUGCUGAAAUCCAAACAUGCCUCGUAUACAGAACCCGCACGUCACGAACACACUGAUCCAACCACAAGCCUGUCCACAGCUCCUACAGCCAAAUACGAUACCUGUAACCUUGGAGCUUGUCUAGCGUACUGUACAAUCAGAGGGCCUAAUUCUGAUUUUUGGACCUUCAUGCACACAGUGCCUGCAUUGUUAGAGAGGCAACACACCGCUGUUUUUUCCUGUCAGCGAGGCGACAAUGAACGAGACGGCUUUUGCUCGGUAGACGUCACGCCAGUGUGAUGUGCCUGCAUCUUGGGGUGUGGAUUUUAUGUUCAUCCAUGAUUUUCUUAUUCUAGUGAUCACUGAGGAGACAUUGUUUUGUCCUUCUCCAUGAGGAGGCCGGUCUCAGCUCUCUUGAGAGUCAGUAUCAUGUUUUGGCAUUUAGGCAACGCAGUGUUCUAGGUGAUGGGUGUGAGGGGAAAUUAAAUCUUCUGUUGUUCCUGCUCUUUACGCCACAGUGCUUUCCAGUCCAUAUACAUUUCUACCCUCAUCAGAGCUUAUUCAUAUGUUGCAUCAUCAUUACAAUAUUUUACAGCGAUUCUGGCUCAGCUUUCACUGCGCAAAACUCUUAAUUCACGCUUGAGGUUUAAUUUUGGCUUCCAAAAUUAAAAAAGUCCACAAAAAGAAAACGCCUGUUAAAUAACGAUGCACUGAACUGAAUGCUUAUAUCAGCAUCGUAGCUUUGUAUGUAUUCAUCACUGAAUUUUAAUCUAUGUUUAUUAAACAUUAUAAAUUAUACAAACCAGCUUACAUUACUUUGUAAAAGCAGACAAUUGCAUUAUUUCAGUUUAGUGAUUGUCUACUUUUUGGCCUUAAGAGUUUUGUUCAAUUAAUCUGAGCCACUAUAGUAAGAUAAUGAGUGAAAAACCUCCUAAAACUCUGAAGGUUUAACCAUUGCAGUGUAAGUUUUUUGUUUUUAUAAUCAUAUCUUAUCCACUACUGAUGGCUAGCACAUUGUGCUGUUGACAGAUCAGAUUUGGGGUUGGGUUUUUACUGUAAUUUAUCCUUUUUUAUCCUUUAUUAUUAAUUAUAGAGAUUAUUUUCCUUCUUCCUGUUGAGACCAAGAGAAGGGUCUGUGUGCCUUUAGUUUUAAUUGUGUUCGUUUAUUUGUUGGUAUUUAUUAGUGUCAUUACUUUUCAACUUGUUAAACUAACUUGAUAAUGAAAGUUAUUGGAGAACACCACUGGAGUUAUUACUGAACAGCACUGAGGAUUGUGAUCUACUUUAGUACAGUUUGUCAUUUCAGCUCUGGUUUAUUUUAAAUGACCUUCUUCCCAGAUGACAUACGUUUUGAUUAUUCCCCUUUUUACUUUAGUUAAUAACCACUUUUUCAAGAUGUUCAGAUUUAGCCUUUGAUUUCAUUAGGAUCUUAAAAUAUGAUGUAGCACUGGCUCCUUCAGCCUUUAUCUUAAAACUGUAAUGUUUACAAGAGACGUAAUCACUGCCUGCUGUGUUCAGAUAAGGCUUGGUGCUUUGGGGACUGGAUGGAUAAUAAUGGAGUGUUAAUUUAAUAACAAUAUUUCUGAUGGCAUGCCAAACAAAUGUAAAUAUAUUCUAUGGGCAAAUGCUCUGUUUAAAUUUUGACCUUACAAAAGCAAAGUAGCCAUGUACAGAAUGAGAUAUACAAUGAAAACUGAGUCACAUGCAAUUGAUGUUUUUAAUUUGAAGCUUUUUUUGGUGUAAAAUACUCCACACACUCAAGUAACAUAUUUCCUCUCUGUGUUGAUCCUUAAGCUGUGAAGGUGCUGGCUGUGUUGUUUAAUGAAGGCUACUGAUGUGAGGACAACUGGUGUUGGUCUUUUGAAUAAAGGCUGGAUAACAGGACUGCACAUUUUUGAGGUUUUAUCGUGCAACAAUGGGGGAAAAAAACAAAUGUUCUUGCUGGGGAUGUGUUGCACUAAUUGAAAGCUGUCAGGUAAGCUGCAGAGGACCCUGAGUGCUGCUUUUUAGCAUUUUCUUUUUUUUUUGUUAAUAAAUAAUUCUAUUUAUGGUGUCAAACAAAUGGCCCAACGCCAACUUUUAGCCCACCUACAGUUCAUAGUUUAAUGAUCCCUAAACCAACAACGUCAGAAUUUUAAAAAAUGUAAUGCACUUUCAUAGAUUAUACUUGAUACAUUCCCAGUCAGUCCAUAAGAGCAGUUUGAUGUGUGGCCAAAACUGUAAAUGAAAGUGUCAGUGCAAAGUUUACUCUCAAUAAAAGAAACUGAAAGUG